AUGGUACUAGAAUUCCCAAAUUCAAGAAAUAAACCCGUUGACAAGUCCAUAGGAACAAACCUCCCCGCCGUUGGCCUGGGUACAUGGCAAGGCUCGGACAAGGAACCAGUCCAUGACGAAGUCCGAGACUCAAUCAUCCACGCCCUCCAUCACGGCUACCGUUUAAUCGACACAGCCCAGCGCUACAAUGUUGAACCAGCAGUCGGCGAAGCAGUCCGACGGUCAGGUAUUCCCCGCAGCGAGAUAACCGUCAUAACCAAAUUUGGAGCCGCGUGGCAUCAUGAUCCAGCCCAAGCACUGCAGAACUCCCUAGACGCAUUGGGCCUGGAUUAUGUCGAUAUCUUCUUAAUGCACUGGCCUUGUGCCGCGACGCCAGACGGGAAGCAGUAUCUACCUAUUGCUGAGAGUCCGACUUUUGUUGAGACGUGGAAGUUGAUGGAGAAUUGCAUCGGGCCCAGUUGCAAGGCUAUUGGGGUUAGCAACUUUACGCAGAAGACGCUGGAUGAGUUGUUGGCUGUUGCGACGGUUGUUCCCGUUGUUAAUCAGAUUGAAGUGCAUGCGUUUAAUCCUAAUCUUCGAUUGGUGCCAUAUUGUCACGAAAAGGGCAUUCGGGUGAUAGGUUGGAGUACAAUGGGUGGUGGGAUGAUGCCGCCGGGUAAAGAGAUUCUUACACAUCCGCUGUUCAAGAGGAUUGCGGUUAACCACGAGUGUUCUACUGGGGUGGUGGCUCUUUCAUGGUCAGCUCAGCGGGGAAUCUGUGUGAUUCCGAAAAGUAGUUCGUUGGCUCGUAUUGAGGAGAAUAUCAAGCUGGUGGUAUUGAGCGAGGCUGAAAUGACCGAGAUUGACGAGCUACAUGUCACAGCAGGGCAGUUUCGUAUUGCAGGCCAGACCCAGAGAGGGUGUGGCGAAAAGAAGCCGACGUUGAUGGGUUGGACGUGGGAAGACUUUGGGUGGGAAGAUGCUGAGGGAAACUGGUUGACAUGA